GUUUACAUUAAUUAUUAACAUUACUAGGUGAAAUAUAAAAAACAUCUAUAUUUGUGUGAGGUUGCAAUACUUGUUGGUAUUCGUAAGUUAGUGCAUCAAGUAUAUGUAAGAACACGUACACGGUCUAUAGAAAAAAGACGUCGAAUUAGAGGAAAUAGAAGAAUAUGGAUAAAGAACUGUUUUUUGGCUCGUUGCAACUACAGAAAACUAAUCAUCAUAAUCCACCAUCUCAGCAGCUUCAGACUUCUGCUGACCGUUCGCAGACCGAAAACAAAAUGGACGGACGUAAGAACUUUAACUAUGAUGCAUCUAAGACCAAGCUUUUAACUAAGUGGAUAAAAACUGUACGUCGUAAGCAAUUACAUUUACGUAAAAAUCGUCAGCGCAAUUUACGUAUAGAAACUAUUUUGGCGUACGCUCUUUCUAGCGCUGAAUACAAGCUUAGAAGUAAACAACUAAAGAUCUCACAAUCACAGAAUCAAAGUUACUCUGAUCUUAUAUCUCAACACAAUAAUUCACAACCCGAACCAUUGUGUCCAGAAUUAAGCAGCUUAGACGAUUUCAUGAAACAAGUAUCUGAAGUCAAAGAUCCACUACAACGCUAAAAUUGCGUAACUUACGAAAGGAUCUAAAAAUCUCUACCUCACCAAUUAACCUAGCACCAAUAAUUAAAUUAAUACCAAGAUUUCAUCAUUUGGAUGAAACUAGAAGAGUUGCAGUACCGACCAGUGUACUGAGGCGUCUACAAGUGUUACAUCGUUACCCUGGUGUAUAUCUGGAAAUUUUUUAC